UUCUCAAAAUGAUAAAAGACACAAAACCUAAAGCAGGAACAAUGAAACAACAAUUUAAUUUAUUUCUUCUUGGGUUGACUGGCUUUUCACUAAUUUGCAUUGCUUAUCUGCACUUUACCUUAGGCUGGGGCAAUAUUGUUUAUCUGCACUUCACCUUAGGCUGGGGCAAAUAUGAAAAGCCAAGCACAUGCUCCAUGACUACAGAGAAGACACAGACAAACUUGUAUUCACCACAAGGGACUACAGAGAAGACGCAGAUAAACUUGUACUCACCACAAGGACUUUCAUACAAACAGCCCAGUGUGUUUGGCCCAGAUGGCAAAGUUACUGCUAUGGCACCAUGGUUAGCCCCAAUUGUAUGGGAAGGAACCUUUGAUCCCACACUGAUUGAUUCGAUCUAUAAGCAACAAAACAUCACCAUAGCAACUACAGUCUUUGCUCUUGGAAAAUACACUAAGUUUCUUAAAGAUUUCCUGGAGUCUGCAGAGCAGAAUUACUUUGUUGGAUUUCGUGUGCAUUAUUAUUUGUUCACUGAUCAACCACAACAGGUUCCUGAAGUGAAAAUGGGUGAGGACCAUCAGCUGACAGUGAUGGUAGUGCCUAGUUCUAACAGAUGGCAGGAGAUCAGUUUGCGCAGGAUGGAAAGGCUGGAGAAACUGAUUGAGAGUCAAUUGAUCAAUGAAGCCAACUAUGUUUUCAGCCUUGAUGUGGACACAAAGUUCUACGGGCGAUGGGGGGCAGAGUCUUUGGGUCGUCUUGUAGCUGCCAUACAUCCAUGGUUUUAUUACACCCCUCGUGAACAGUUCCCCUAUGAGCGCAGACCAGAGUCUCAAGCGUUUAUUCCUCAUUCUGAGGGUGAUUUUUAUUAUGGAGGAGCUAUGAUUGGGGGCUUAGUGAAAAAUGUAUAUCAGCUUGUUAAAACUUGCCGGGAGCAGCUGGACAUUGAUGCAGCUAAAUCUAUUGAGGCAGCAUGGCAGGAGGAGUCCCAUUUGAACAAGUACUUCUUGUACAACAAGCCUAGUAAACUGCUUUCACCGGAGUAUUUGUGGGAUGACAAAAGAUCUAAACCAGAAGAGAUAAAAACCAUCCGCUACUCUCACGUUUAUAAAAACUACAAUGAAGUUCGGCCAAACCCAUAGCAGCUGUUAAAGAAAUUGUUUACCCAAAACAACAAAUGAAUCACCGUGACUCUUGACGGUUAUUAUGAACUGAACAUUAUUUACAUCAUUAAUACCUGUAAUCCAAAGCCUCAGACAAAUAAUAAACAUCAUUUACUAUUUUUAA